CAAAUCAGCACACAGCAACCAGUCCCUUACAUCCAUACGGUUUCUAUGUAAACAUACACAACUUUCCAGAAGUCUUGAGAUAUUUCUAUCUAAGUUGUCCCAAAUGCAAACAGUCACCACUGGAAGAAGCUUUAGGAAUGAGAGACAAAUAAACGAUGCCGAAAGGAAAAAAAUUGAGUUGGUUUUCCAUCAGUGUGAUGUGGGUAAGAAAGGUUAUUUGUCCAGAGAAGAUCUUAAGAUAGCAGUCAUAAUGCUUUGUGGAUACAAGCCAUCAAAGUCAGAGACAAAUGUCUUGAUGGAGAAUGGCACUAAUAAGGAUUGUCCAGGGGUCCCACUGGAGCAGUUUGUGCCUCUCAUGGGGAGGAAGAUGUCAUCAGAAGAUCCAUAUGAGAAGACGAGGCAGAUCUUCACUGCAUUUGAUGUACAUUGUCGUGGCUUCUUAAAGAUGGAUGACUUCAAAAGUGCCUUCAAGCGAGUUGCCCCUCGUCUGCCGGAGAGAACUGUGCUGGAGGCUUUCCGGUAA